UUGUCUAAAAUAUAAUACUCCCUUCAGCCCCAAAACAUGUGUGGUGAAAAGGCCCACUUAUUUGGAAUGAAUUUACUUAAGCACGGUGAAAGUUCUCUAUUGGUAAUCUAAAUAUAGUGAUAUCAUUGUAAUGAAAGUUCAUAUGAGUGAAUGGAUUUUGCUGAGUGUUUGUUUUUUGGGAUUACCAAACAUAAAAAUAAUUUACUAUUGAUCUUUCGGAAUUGUCUGGUGGAUGACCUGAUACAAUCCUUAACUUUAUCAUUGUGCUAGUUGAAAUUUGGUAAAGCUAAUGGAUUCCUAGAAAGUUGAUCAAUGAGACAAACAGUCCUUCCUUCUCUCAAAGUCAACAUUGGUUUUCAUAUACCCAUAACAAAGAAGAUGGAGGAGAAAGGCCUGCUUGACUUAUUAUUGCUGGAUAGGAGAAAGCCUAAAACAUUAAGAAGCUAUCUUUUCUCUUUAUCUCAAACCCCUCAUAGACUAAAGAAGAGAAUGUUAGCCACAUGGACACCUGAGCAAGAAAUUAACCAAGUUAGACUAAGGUCUGGUGCCGAUAUGAAAAGGAAACUAGAAUGGUAUGAUCUGAUUGCUCUUGGUUUAGGAGGAAUGUUAGGUGUUGGUGUCUUUGUCACAACAGGUCCUGUGGCUCACACCACUUCAGGCCCUUCUGUUUCCAUUUCUUAUAUUAUAGCAGGCACAUCAGCUCUUCUUUCUUCCUUGUGUUAUACUGAAUUCUCUACUCAGAUACCAGUUGCUGGUGGUGCAUUCAGUUAUCUAACUGUCACUUUCGGAGAAUUUGUGGGUUAUUUUGGUGGUGCCAACAUAUUGAUGGAAUAUGUCCUAUCAAAUGCGGCUGUGGCUAGAAGCUUCACAGAAUACCUCUGUUGUGCUUUCGGAGGAAAUCAUCCAGAUUCAUGGAGAGUUCAUGUAAAUGGAUUAGUUGAUGGUUAUAACAUGUUGGAUUUUCCAGCAGUUGCUCUUAUUGCUCUUCUCACACUCUGUUUAUGCCACAGCACAAAGGAAAGCUCCAUAUUGAACUUCAUAAUGACAGUCUUUCACUUGGUUUUCUUUGGCUUUAUCAUUAUUGCCGGUUUCUACAAAGGUAGUGUCAAGAACUUGGUAAGUCCAGGUGGUUUUGCACCUUUUGGAUUCAAAGGCAUUCUUGAUGGGGCAGCGAUAGUUUAUUUCAGUUAUAUCGGAUAUGACGCGGUUUCAACUAUGGCUGAAGAAAUUCAAACACCUUCAAAGAGCCUUCCAAUUGGAAUUGUUGGUUCUGUAAUCAUUGUUUCUGUCAUUUAUUGUCUAUUGGCCUUGUCUUUGUGUGCUAUGGUUCCAUAUAAUAAGAUUUCGAAAAAUGCAUCGUUUCCUAUGGCUUUCGAGAACAUCGGGUGGAGGUGGGGAAGUAAUGUGGUGGGGGCGGGUGCUAGCUUGGGAAUAGCCGCGUCUUUGUUGGUGGCCAUGCUUGGACAAGCAAGAUAUCUUUGUGUUAUAGGAAGAGCAAGGCUGGUGCCUUCUUGGUUGGCUGAGGUGCACCCUUCAACUGGUACUCCAUUGAAUGCAACUCUUUUCCUUGGUGUAUGCACGGCAUCAAUCGCACUCUUCACCAACUUAGACAUAGUCCUUGAAAUGAUCUCAAUUGGCACCCUUCUUGUCUUCUAUCUCGUCGCAAACGCACUCAUCUACCACCGUUACUCAAUCUCCGGCCAAACCCCUCCCCUCCGAACCUUCCUAUUCCUCUCCCUUAUCUCCGCCUCCUCCAUCGCCUUCUCCUUAACAUGGAAGCUCAAGAAACGCCAAUGGGGACUAUCUCUGUCGGGAAGUUCCAUCAUCGCCUCCACCGCCUUGUUCCAAUACACCGUGCCCAACCACAUCCGCUCCAACCGUGGUAGUGGAGGGUGGUUGGUGCCAAUGAUGCCAUGGCCAGCAGUGGGAUCGGUUUUCCUUAACGUAUUCUUGAUGACAACUCUUAAGAAGUUGUCAUACCAAAGGUUUGGCGUGUGGACGUGUCUUAUAACUUUAUUUUAUUUACUUUACGGAGUUCAUUCAACUUAUGAGGCCGAGGAAAUGAGUAAUAACGUGGUGAAUCCGAUAACUUCGCCAACUCUUCCUUCGUCCUCGACACACGAACAACUAGAAAUAAUACCUAAGCUUGAGAUACAACUAGUUUAAACUCAUCUAAAUUAUAAAUCAAGCCCUUUUUCUCUU